AUGGCUCACAUCACGACGAAGGAUUUUUUCGGCGGUGCAAUCCGCGGGAUUGUGCCACAUCGGUGGAUCGAUGGCAGUGAUCUCCGCGAAGUCCCAGAUCAUCAGGAACUCUUCUUAUCACCCGACACGCUCUCAACCUUCAUCAUUGAGAUCAAUCAGCGCGUGUCCAAAGAGGAAGCCCUCUCCACAUUCGCCACUUUCACCCACCAGCAUCCAGGUCUCUCGACCGCAAGCAGCGGCACAGCAACCGCCGGCACUGCGGAAACGAUCAAUCAAGCUGCAGCCCUGUACCACCUGAACGAUCUCUGCGAUGAAGGCGACGCAAUGGAGAUUGUGACUCCGCCGACGCGCGUAGUCCCGACUAGUCUCUCUGCGUCUGCACCGCCUGGCUCGUCAAUCUCUGCGUUUGAGGGCAUUGUGCAGUAUUUGACGACGGGUCGUCGGCGCGGGACGAGCGGCGCGGUGACGGAUUCGGCUGUGGCGGGGGCUUCGAUCGAUGGACCUUCUGGGGAGGGCGCGAAGGUGUCCAAAGUGACAUGUCAUUAUUUGCUUGUGCGGUUGGAGGCCCAGGAGACGGAUUUGUUGGCGUUUUUCAAUGUGCCGCAUAAGGAGUUUGAUGAGAAGGGUGAUGCGCAGGGCCUCUCGAGGGAGGAGGGUGUUGCGGAGAGCUUUAUGGCUAGCCUGGUCGACCGAUUGGAAAUUCGAGACUGGGGCUUGUUUGUUUGA